AUGAAUAUUCUUUGUGAAUUAGGCAAUUACGUGGAAGAUAUCCCAAUCGUGGUUUUCCAAAGAUUUUUAACGAUAAGCAUGUUGGCGCGGAAGCAAAAAAUUUAUACGAAGAAGCAUAAAAAGAUUAUUGAUGAAAAGUUGUUUGUUGCUAAGGGAAUUGUGGGACUUUACCCCGAAACUGGCGAUCCAUACUUUUGUCUUUCCGAUUUUAUUGCGCCUAAAGAUUCUGGCAUACCAGAUUAUCUAGGCUUAUUUGCUGUAGGAAUAUUUGGAGCUGAAGAAUUGGAAUUCAUAUCCGCACAAUCUGACCAUCGUGAAAAAAUCACAAUGUGGAAGUUGAUGAACGUUUUUGAAGAAACUGGAAUUGAGUUGACCGAUGGAUUAGCUAUGUUACCUGCCGCUAGCGUAUCAGUAUUCGCAAAUCCUGAAUCGCAGUAUUUGCAGUUGGAAAAAUUGAAAAAGAUUAGGUUAAUAAAUACUAUAAUUGUUGUUGGAAAUCUAGAUGAUGUUGAGAUUUGGAAAAAAAAAUAA